AUGAACAUUGGUUCCCAUCCAGGACACAGGAAGAGAGAUCCAAGGCCUGGACUCCGGGUGCCCCCUGCCUUGGUGAUCCGGCUGACACUGGCCUUUCUCCUCUACCUUUUCCCAACAGCGGGCGGCUCCGAAACGACACAGAUGCCCAUUCCUGAGGUCCGGCUGGUGAACGGGCGCAGCCGCUGCCAGGGCCGCGUGGAGAUCUUCUACAACCACACGUGGGGCACGGUGUGUGACGACGACUGGGACAUCGUGGACGCGAACGUGGUGUGUCGCCAGCUCGGCUGUGGCCACGCCAUCGCCAUGCCAGCCACGCUCUUCUUCGGCCAGGGCCGCGGGCCCAUCCUGCUCGACAAUGUGGACUGCAAGGGCCGGGAGCCGUCGCUCAGCGCGUGCAGCAGCCUUGGCUGGGGCAUCCACAACUGUUACCACUACGAGGACGUGGCCGUCACGUGCAACGGUGACGGGAGCGUCCGGCUGGUGAGCGGCGCCAACGCCUGCCAGGGCCGCGUGGAGAUCUUCUACCGGGGGCACUGGGGCACCGUGUGCGAUGACGACUGGGGGAUGAGCGACGUGGGCGUCGUGUGCAGGCAGGUGGGCUGCGGCCAUGCCACGGACUACCGGACCAAUGCCUACUUCGGCCACGGCACGGGCCACAUCCUCCUGGACAAUGUGAACUGCGAUGGGAGUGAGCUGCGCCUCUCGUCCUGCUACAGCCUCGGCUGGGGCAUCCAUAACUGCGGCCACCACGAGGACGCAGGGGCCAUCUGCUCUGGGCUUGGGAUGACCACGAUCACGGCCCCCACCCCCUCAGGCGCCCACAGCUACGAGGAGUCCUUCACCAACACAGCCACAGCCGAGGGUGGCAAAGAUCUGGACUCCCCCGAGACAGAGAUGACUGUAACCUCGGCCCGUCUCCUGCGGGGGAAAAGAAGUGGCGGCAUCCGACUGGCGAGCGGGAACAGCAGCUGCCAGGGGCGCGUGGAGGUGCAGUUCCGCGGCGCGUGGGGCACGGUGUGCGACGACGACUGGGGCUUCCCCGACGCGCAGGUGGUGUGCCGCCAGGUGGGCUGCGGCCCGGCCGUCGUGCCCACCGUGCUGGGCUACUUCGGCUACGGCGCGGGGCCCAUCCUGCUGGACAACGUGGCCUGCGCCGGCACGGAGGCGCACCUGGCCGACUGCUUCCACCUGGGCUGGGGCCAGCACAACUGCGGCCACCACGAGGACGCCGGCGUCAUCUGCAGAGGUGCAGGUGAAUCUGGAAACUUCUUCUCAGAUGACACUUUCAUGACAACGACCUCGACUACCACUCGUCCCAAGGAUGGGUUCCUGCGCCUGGUCAACGGCAGCCACCGCUGCGAAGGCCGGGUGGAGAUGUUCUACCUGUCCCAGUGGGGGACCGUGUGCGACGAUGCUUGGGAUCUCACCGACGUGAAGGUGGUCUGCCGGCAGCUGGGCUGCGGGGGCGCCCUCGCCGCCUCGGGGGAGGCCCGGUACGGCCAGGGUGCGGGCUACAUUUUCCUCGACAACCUCAAGUGCAAAGGGAACGAGCCAUCCCUCCUGCGUUGCUCCCACAUCCGCUGGAACGUGCACAACUGCGACCAUUCGGAAGACGCCGGUGCACUCUGCAGCCUGCUAUGACGUGCCGGAAGAGGCCGGCUCCGGGCCAUGCGCGUGUGGAAGUGGCUGAGAGCCACUGGGACCCUCGCCCCCAAGAGCCAGCCCCCAUCGCCCCCGGCUUGGACGGGGCUCUGCCGCCAUCCCUGCCCUUGGUGUUGCCGCAUGGGGAACGCCCUCUUAGUUCUGAGAUGGGACCUGCAUCACAUCCUGUUCUGGCGAGGUGCACCAGGGCCUGCCUGCAGCUUCCGGAGCUCGUGUUCCCACCUCUCCCGCAGACUUUCCUGGGAGCCGUGACUCCAGAAUCCAUGCUCCUGGACUUGCCCACUUUGGCCCCAAAGAGUCCGCACAUGCAGUUCAGGAUGGGAGCGUCUCAACUCCUCUGCUUUGAAACAGCCCAACCUGAGUCUGCCCGGAUCCCGCCGGGGCCCCUGCACGAGCUCUGGACCCGAGAUGCUCGGAAGCAGUGAUCGCUGUAGCAUGGCCCCACAUUUACCCAUAGGGAAGCCCUCUGAGGUCGUGCAGUCUUGCUCCCAGGUAAGUGGGCGCAGAACUGAAGCCAUCCUGUGCCUUUUGGCGCUGUGGCGAAGAGCCUUGCUUUUCAGCACUGCAUUGUAAGCAAACUCCGGUGCAGGACGGAAUCCAAGCAGCUGCAGAAACGGGCACCCCGAGCCCUCUGUCUUAUGAGUCAGAGGUGAUGGAGACAGAAGCAGGACAUAUUUUUUGCAGACUAUCCCAGAAUGACUCAGAACAUGUCCCCGAAUUAAAACAGAAAACAAAACCUCCACCCAUAUAGAAGUGUCAGCUGAAGAAAGUGGGGAGAAAGAAGAAAGCCCGUGCAGUGGAGUGGUGAAGAGCGCAGACUGGGAGUCAGGCAAUCCGGGUUCAAAUCCCUGCUCAGCCAUGGGGCCAACUGGGUGACUUUGGGCCAGGCACACUCCCAGCCCAACCUACCUCACAGGGCUGUUGUUGAGGGGAUAAGAUGGAGAGCAGCAGGAGGAGAACGAUGGAAGCCGAUUUGAGCUUGUUGCAAGAAAAAAGACAGGGUAUAAAUCUAAUAAAGAAACCUAAGUGGUGAUAUCCUAGUUAA